CUCUCCUUGGCUUUAAUGGCUAAACCAAAGUUUCAUCUCCUCCUGUUUUUCUUCCUCAACAUCUUGCUAUGCUUCUUUCAUGGUGAAUGUUCAUCGCAGCUUGACCUAGAGGAUGAGCCGUGGCUCAAUGAAGAAGAUGACGACGAAGUGGUCAUGGUGCAAAGCCACCAUGAUUCUAGAAAUAGAUGUGACUUCUCUAUUGGUAAAUGGGUUUAUGAUCAAUCCUAUCCUCUCUACGACACAAACUGUCCAUAUCUUAGUGCUGCUGUGACUUGCCAAAAGAAUGGACGCCCGGAUUCUGACUACGAGAAGUGGAAGUGGAAGCCCCAAGGUUGCUCUAUUCCAAGGUUUGAUGCAUUGGAUUUUCUUGGAAGGAUGAGAAAGAAAAGAAUAAUGCUGGUAGGAGAUUCUAUAAUGAGGAAUCAAUGGGAAUCCCUUGUCUGCUUAGUGCAAGGGGUUAUUCCAACUGCUCGGAAAAGGGUGAUCUACAAUGGUCCUACCAUGGCCUUCCAUGCUAUGGAUUUUGAGAUAUCAAUCGAGUUUUCUUGGGCUCCACUUCUAGUGGAAUUGAGAAAAGGGCCAGAAAACAAGAGGAUCUUGCAUUUGGAUUUGAUUGAAGAGAAUGCAAAGUAUUGGAGAGGCGUUGAUAUUCUUGUUUUUGAUUCAGCUCACUGGUGGACUCAUUCCGAUAAAUGGAGUUCGUGGGACUAUUUCAUGGAGAGAAAUAAUCUAUUUAAAAACAUGAAUCCAAUGGUUGCAUACGAGAAAGGACUCACAACAUGGGCUAAAUGGGUCGAUCUAAAUCUAGACCCUCACAAAACCCAAGUCAUUUUCCGGAGCAUGUCACCUAGACAUAACAGAGAAAAUGGAUGGAAAUGCUAUAAUCAAAAGCAGCCUCUAGCUUUCUUUAGCCACCAGCAUGUUCCUGAACAGUUGCUGGUGUUACAAGGGGUGUUGAGAAGGAUGAGAUUUCCAGUAUAUCUGCAAGAUGUUACCACUAUGUCGGCUCUUCGGAGAGACGGGCAUCCUUCUGUGUACAGAAGGGCAAUGACCCAAGAAGAGAAGCAGCGUCCAAGGGACUUUUCCUCAGGCUCUGACUGCAGCCAUUGGUGCCUCCCUGGGGUGCCUGAUAUCUGGAAUGAGAUGUUGAAUGCCUUGCUCAAACAAAGAACGUAGUAAGAAAAGUUAGGUAAAGUCGUUAGAAUCACUGAUCUGCAUAACUUGGGUUUGUUUUGUAAUCUCUGAGACUGUGAUGGUUACUCAUGGCAUUGUGUCUCAUAAUCUUUUAUGACAGUGUUUUAAUCCGUGUGAUGGAGGAACUUCCUCCAACCCAGUUUGAAGAAAACUCUAAUAAUGCUCUAUUUGUCUGAAAAAAGACACUAAUUUCCAAAA